GGACGUAGUUUCAAUUUCAAACGGUUGAAUAUAGCUUUUCCUUAGGUGUUUCAUCUUAAUUGAUAAAUUCUUUGUUUUUACUUUUUAGUUUGCUGUGAGGAAGUAAGAUGGGUGAUGGUGCAUCUGUUUCAAACGAGGAAGAUAUUUUUGUAGUGAAAAAGAAGAACACUGGAAUUCCAUCUGAUAUCGUUGAUUCUGACGGUAAAAGGCCAAACAGUGAAGAAGAUGCAGCUUCCAAAAACAAAAAUAAAGGUGUGAAGGAUAGUAAUGCAACUUUGCCAAAGUUUACAGUUAUGGAGGUUAAAGUGGUUCAAGGAACAAGUGAUGUGGCAUUAGUAAACGGGAUGCUUCGCGUAGGAGAUCGUAUAGUUGUCGCUGGCUUGCAAGUAUGCUUCAUUAAUUUCCAUUCUAGUCCCUUUGGGAGAAGUUUCUGUUUCUUUUCGUACAAGCAUUUUUCUGCGCAGGCACCCGUUGUUAGCUCAAUUAGCUCGUUGCUAACGCCCCACCCUGUCAAGAAGCCUCAGAUUCAAGGGAGAGUGUUUGCAUCACAAAAAAAUCAAGAUUUCCCAGGGUAUCAAAAUUGCUGCACCGGGACUUGAGCAUGCUAUUGUAGGCACUAGUCUGUACGUUGUGCGGCCUAAUGAUGAUAUCGAGGUCAUCAAAAAAUCUGCUAUGGCAUAUGUCAAUUCAGUGAUGAGUAGGAUUAGAAAACAUGGUGAGAGAGUUUAUGUUCAGGCAUCUACACUGUAGAAGCAUUGAUCAAGGAAGUUAACGUACCCAUGGGAGGUAUGGGUAUUGGUGCAGUAGAGAAGAAGGAUGUGAUGAGAGCGAGUGCGAUGCUUGAGAAGAAAAGGGAAUAUGCAGCUAUACCAGUUUUUCCCUGUGUCCUUAAGAUCAUGCCCACAGUAAUCUGGAGGACGAAAGAUCCCAUCGUCUUAGAUGUUCAUGUCGUUGAAGGCAUUACAGUCUAUUUUUUCUAGUAAUACACAAUUUUAACUAACUGCAUUCUUUUCUUCUUCCUCCAUCUUAUUACAGAUUGGAACACCUUUAUGUAUCCCGGAAAGAGAAUUUGCAGAAAUUGGUAGGAUAGUAUAUAUUCAAGAUGAUGAGCAUAGGGUUGUUGAUUAUGCCAUGAAUUGACCAUUAAUAUUCUUGGGAGCAAUCCGGAGGAGCUACAGAAGAUGCUUGGGAGAGAUUUUGAGAUGGAAGAUGAGCUUGUGAGCAAGAUCACACAAGACUCAGUUUAUGCACUAAGAAAAAAGUACAUGGUUGAUCUGUCUACUGAAGAUAAUGCCUUACUUUUCAAAAUGAAGCAAUUGUUCAAGAUAUAGUCGUUUAAUCGCAGUCCUCAGCUCGAGCUUUAGAUAUCGAUAGUGAAUGCAGUUGAGGAGAGUUUUUAUGUCUACUUUGUUUUUUUUUUGUAGUAACAGUAUUUUGCUUAAGAGAGUU